AGGAUCGGGACAAGUCGUCGGGUAGAACCAGCGUCUAUCCAGUCAAGCCAGUCGACCGGUCGACCAAUCAGCCAAUCAGGCGUCAUGCGAGUCGACCGGCGCUCGAGGUGGAGUGCUCGUGUCUACCAGUCAGUGCUCGACCAGCGUUCUCGGAGCAUGUACUCGCGUUAAUAACGUUUGUCCUCGAGCAUUUUCCAAUACGUUUGUUGCUUUGGCGUGGUCGCGCGGGAACUGUUUCAGUCACAGUGCGUUAAUCGAUCGUAUUAAAUAAAGAAUAAAAUGAGAAAUUCGUGUCAAGGAAAAGAACAUCCUUGUGAUUCGUCGUUCCUCUCGAUUGAGGAAUCUUCGAAGAAUUGCUGAAGGAAUAGCCAGUCGUGUAUAAUUGUUAGCAUUAGUAUUUCAAGAAUUCUCGUUCUAGUGUCGAGGAAUCGAGUGACUGUGUUUGUGACUUUACGAUGAAAGAAACGAGUCUACCAGUGGAUUAAGGCGCCCCAUAAACCCGCUCGAAGCAACGCCAUGGCGCCCCCAGACAGGCACAGAUCACCGAGACCAGGCUCGGGACUCAGCCUCUCCGUGCUCGAUCUGGCCCAGAUCCGAGCGCUGGUGGAGUCCACGGGUAUGUUAGGUGGAUCAACCUGUCCAUCCUGCGAGAUGCCAUUCGACAAAGGGAAAAAACGUCGAUUGAUCGAUUCUUGCGGUCACGAACGUUGCUAUUCCUGCUUGUUUCGCAGCGAAGCUUGUCCACUUUGCCUUCGAGCCGACUUCAACGACGACGACGAGGGUCCCUUCAGGGAGGGGUUUACCGGGUUCUCGGGGCCCAUGUCCAUCCUCGCGCCCACGGAUGGCUGGAUCGAUGAGUCAUCAACGGUGAACUCUCUCUGUGGUAGCCCCAGACCUCGUACGAAAGUCACCACGAGAGCCAAUCUUCCUUCAAGAGUCAUGCACCAAGAAGAGAGGGAUGAAAGUGUCUCUUCUAUGGCGAUGACUAAGGGUUUGAAGAACAAGCCGCCAGCACUUCCGGAGUCUUCGUCGCAAGGUCGACAAAAGCUUCAGAUGAUGACGCAGAGUUGUCCAACCCCACCGAAUCAAAGGAAGAGGUUCUUUCUGAACCCAAAGGUCCUCAGGAGUUCGUUCGUUCCCCAAAGAUCAUCUAGACGAGGAACAUCGUCGCCAGAACCAGUCGCAAACGACAAUCCUUCCGCCUUAUCAGCUUGGAUGGCCUCUUCUUGGGAGGGGAAGUCUCGAUGGCCGGGUGUAGUGCUGGGGAAAAUCAAAUCGUUGUGGAGCAACAGUCAAGGGACGGCAAACGAUGGGCUGAACCAGCUCAUCGACCCGAGGAUCAAAGUUACAGACGAUGAAGGAGGUUGUGUGAAACCGUUGUCCUCCAAGACGAGGAAGUCAUCCCAAUCGGACCUCCACAUGAGGCUAGGUCUCCUUCUUGGCUCAAAUCACACUCGACCAAGCAGCAGUGUAGACACAACAGAUUUACCUGGCGUUUCCAAUCGUUCCAGUACAGGUGCAUGCCAAUCCAGGGUCCCUAUUCAGGGUCAUGAUAGUUCAGCAGCUUCGUUUAGUAGUCUAACCAGCUUCGAAACUCAAACUCUAGCCUCUACGAAUACGAGUCCAGUCUCUACUUUAACUGGAACGUCCAGCGAAGCUGAAGCUGCUGCAGCCUUGAGGUGUCCAAUUAAGCCUAAGACAAAGGUUAAAGGGAAAAGCAAGUCCAGAGACUGUGACAGUGCUGGAAGCUUGGCUUCCAUUUCUACGUCGAUUUCUGCAUCUACGUCUAUGUCGAUGUCCAUGUCCGUCUCCGUUUCGGGCUUGUCAAAUGGCAGCUCAAGCCCCCUUACCCCUAGAAGACAUUCCGUGAACGCCUCGCAACCUGGUCAGAGUGAUGAACUUGGCCAAUUUAAGAAUAGACGUUCCUGCGCCAGGAGAUCGGCCAGGGCUGGGAACAUUAAGGGCGCCGUCGACACGAAAUUACGCUUCAUACAACACCACGCAACGCAAUUGACGCUGAAGCCCUUAUUCUUCGAAGUACCUCUAUUAGAAGCUGAUCCACUGUUCACCGGUCGCCAAUGGCUACUGCAGGAACUAGAAUCGGUGGUGAACGGGUCCAGUCCUGGAGUUUUGAUUUCUGGAUCCCCUGGAACGGGAAAGACUGCGCUGGUUUUACAAUUGGUGGAGCAUAGCUGCUUUGGAAGGAGACGCGAGCAGGCUCUUCCCUCUGAGAUCAGCGAAGAAACCGAUGAAAAAGAGAGAAUUGGAUGUACCUCAACUUUACAUGCUAGUAUUCGUUAUACUAAUGAGAAGGUUCGAGAAUUAGCGUCACACGUAGUAGCGUAUCAUUUCUGUCAAGCGGAUAAUAAUAGUACCUGUUUGGUACCAGACCUGAUCCAUUCUUUGGCUGCACAAUUAUGCCAAGCUCCUCAACUCAUAUCCUAUAGGGAGUAUUUGCUCUCCGAACCCCAUAUACAGGGGUCUUUGUCACAAAGGGAGUGCACUGUCGAUCCAGAUCUCGCGCUGUCAAGGGGUAUUAUCGAACCUUUGUCGACGUUGAAGAAAACUAAUAGACUGCCUGACACCAAUAUGGUGAUAUUAAUCGACGCCGUGUGCGAAGCAGAAUACCACAGACCAGACCGAGGCGACACAAUAGCGUCUUUUCUAACGAGGCACGCUCCCAAUUUUCCUAGCUGGCUAAAAAUCGUCUGCACAGUAAGAACGCAACUACUUGAAUGCGCCAAACAGCUACCUUAUACCAGAGUGUCUCUAGACAGAGGUGCCAAUGAUAACACCGGAAGCAACGUAACCAGGGAUCUAUCCGACUAUAUUGGAUACAGAUUAGCUCAAAGUCCUGCGAUUCAGACGAACGUCACAGCAUCGGUGAAUGGAAAGGCAGAAUCGUCGUGCAGCGCGAAUCAAACGAGAUUUGCCUCGCAUCUGCUCGCGUUAGCCAGAGGCAGCUUUCUCUUCGCGAAACUGACGCUCGAUCUUAUCGAGAGUGGUCACUUGGUGGCAAAGUCUGCCAGCUACAAGGUACUGCCAGUUUCUUUAGCGCAGAUUUUCCAACUACACUUCAACCUCAGGUUUCCUACAGCGACAUCUUUUGACAAGGUUCAACCUCUAUUAGGCGUCUGUUUGGCUGCUUUAUAUCCUCUGACUUUACCAGAAAUCUUCUACUCGGUGAACUCUCUGAACACGAACCACUUCGUUUCAUGGGAGGAUUUUCUGCAGAGAUUCAAAAUGCUCUCUGGAUUUCUCGUGAAACGUCUGGACAACACCUACAUGUUCUUCCAUCCGUCGUUCAGAGAAUGGUUAAUGAGAAGGGAUGAGGGCGAAUCAACCAAGUUCCUCUGCGAUCUGAGGCUCGGUCAUGCAGCCAUUGCAUACAGGUUGUCCCGCCUUCAGGCACCGCUAGACGGUGAUAAAGCCCUCGAAUUAGGUCAUCACAUACUCAAGGCGCACGUUUACAGAGGCGUUGCUCCGUGUUGGCCUUCGCGCGAUCUACAGGCCAUCUGGCUAGCAUCGUCUACAGAAUGCGUCUCUUCGGCGUUGUGUACGCUGAGGAAUAUUUACAGCCCGAACGUUAAGGUGUCGAGGUUGCUUUUGCUGGCAGGAGCAUCUCCGAAUCAUGUCACCGAAUACCUGGGUAACGCUCCAGCCCUUUGCAUGUACGCCCAUGAGGGUUCAGUGGAAAUGGUUUCUUUGCUGUUGGAAUUCGGAGCUGAUGUUGAAUUAACAAAUAGCCAGGGCUGCACGGCACUCUCGUUGGCCGCUGCUCGUGGUCAUUGCGAUGUUGUCAGAAGGUUAGCCGCUGCUGGAGCUUCGCUAGGCCACACAGACAUGGCAGGACAGUGUCCUUUGGUUCACGCAGCGAGAUACGGAAGAUUAUCUGUGGUUGGUUAUCUCUUAGCCUGCGAUUGGGUAAUUCCAACCAAUGUAAGCGAAAUCGAAGGAUCGCAAGAAAUAGGCAGAGAGGAAGCUGCUCAACAAGCUGUGGUUGCUGCAGCGGCUCAAGGUCACGAGUCCAUCGUCGAAUAUUUAUUAGAUAUGGCCGAAGUGAUCGUGGAUCGGCCUGACACUUUGAUAGGAGAAACUGCUUUAACUAUUGCUGCUGCAAAUGGUUCUACCAUUACUGUAUCGGCAUUACUGGCUCGAGGAGCAAGUCCAACUGCUGUGAACGCGAAGGGAUUGUCACCUCUGAUGCUGGCUGCGAGAGAAGGACACUGGGGUACAGCUGAAAGACUUCUGCAAGGGACGCUCUCAAGUAGUACCGAUGCCAUUCUGGAUGAUGCAGCAUCUCUUCUGGACCAACGGGAUCCAGCUGGUCGCACCGCGUUAAUGUUAGCUGCCUCGGAAGGUCACACAAAUUUAAUCGAAUUAUUUUUGGACAAGGGUUCCGUUUUGGAAAGCAGAGAUAAGGAAGGUCUGACUGCUCUCUGCUGGGCUUGCGUAAGAGGAAGACUAGCUGCUGUACAGAAUCUGAUUGAUCAUGGCGCUGAUGUGAACACUAAUGAUAAUACUGGGAGAACUCCUCUGGACUUGGCUGCUUUCCAGGGCAAUCCAAAGCUCGUGCAAUUGUUACUCGAGAAAGGAGCAGCGGUCGAGCACGUCGAUCUGCACGGAAUGCGACCUUUGGACCGAGCGAUCGGAUGUCGAAACAUACCGGUGGUGCAGUGUUUCCUCCGCCGCGGGGCAAAAUUAGGCCCCGCCACUUGGGCAAUGGCCGCUGGAAAACCCGACGUACUAUUAAUUUUAUUGAACAAACUUCUCGAGGAUGGAAACGUGCUGUAUCGAAAGAAUAGAUUGAAAGAAGCAUCGCACAGAUACGCGUACGCUCUUCGAAAGUUUCCAGCAUCGCCGGAAGAGGACUGCCAGGGGCAGGAGCAGGGUCAUAUGAUGCUGCAACUGCAGACGUUUGCGCAACUUCGGCUGAAUUUCUUGCUCAACCUCAGUCGAUGCAAGCGCAAGAUGAAUGAAUAUGCGGAAGCAAUCGAGCUCGCUGACGAAGCUCUGAAAGUUCGCCCAGUAUCAUACGAAGCAUUCUACGCGAGAGCAAAGGCACGAGUCGAUUCGGACCUCUUGGAAGACGCAUUAUCGGACGUUCAAGAGGCACUACAGAUUGCACCGCCACAAAAUCGACAGGAUAGACGCGUCCUUGUGGCUCUAAGAGAAGAAAUAGUCUCCAGACUAGACGGGGUAGGGACCAGCAAAGGAUCGAUUGAUUCCGCCAACAGAUCUCGUCUUCGAGCUUCGGUCGACACACUCACAGAAUUGUAAUAUUACUAUUUCUGUCGUAAAAGACUUCCGGUUUGUUAAAAAAAAUGCUCCUUUAGUGAGGAGAACGACUAUAGUGCAAACUCAAGAAGCUUUGUAUGCGUAUUUAAGUUACGAACUGAUCUUUCCUCAACUGAACUCGCGAUUCCUCGAAGAUUUUUCAAACGAAAGAUAUACGAUGAUCAUUGUGGUUUAAGAUUUGUUCUUGAAAUGUUCGAAAGCAAUUCCAAGUAAGUAAAAAGUAUUUAGAGUAUUUAAGUUAUGAGUUGAUAUUUUCUGAAGUAAACGUGCGAUUCCUGCAAGAUUUCUUUAACGAAAGAUAUAUACGAUGACUGUCGUAACUUAAGAUUUGCUUUCGAAAUGUUUACAAGCAAUUCGAAAUAAAUAAAGUAUCUCGUUUUCUUUCUUUUUUUUUAAUUUAUACGACUCGUUGCGUAUGUUAUACGUAUUCGAAGAAAUAUUCCUCUACCUUGCGUUUUCUUGGUUAAUGUCGAAAAUCAGCAAGGAUUUACAAGCUCUUCGUUUUUAUUCUCUGUGCAAUUGUAUUGCAUGACCGUGUUAGGGUUUUUAUACGAUGUUCAAUUCGAUUUUGAAUCGAAUACAGAGUUUAAUAUAUAUAUUAUAUAUACACAUUUUUCUAUAUAUAUAUAGUAAAUAUAUAUAUAAAUAUUUGUAUUAUAUUACGCAUAUGAGAAAUUGGUUUUUAGUGUCGUUGUAAUUUAAAUCAAAGUUAUUUAAUUAUUUCCUCCUCUCUGUUUCUUUCAGUAUUUUCUUUUUAAUAUACUAUAUCAGAAAGUAUACG